CCAAAAGUUUUACGAGUAAUAAAAAGAAACUGUAAAGAGUAAAGAAGAAACGUCGGUUUUUUUUCUUUACACUUCUGCUUUUGAUUCGAAUAUGUAAUCGCUACUUGAUUUUGGCUCUCGAUCAUCUCUACAAGGAAGGUUCAGGUUCCUUCUCUUUACUGCCAUGGAAAACGAAGAAGGGCAAAGUCAUCGUAAAAAACGGAGUAAAAUUGAAGAAAUUGUUAAGGAAGCAAAAAGUGACCGAAUAAGUGCGUUACCAGAUUGCUUACUUACUGAAAUCGUGUCUCGCUUGCCUUACCCAAAAGAUGCAGUUAACACUCGUAAACUCUCUAAAAGAUGGAAACAUGUUUGGAAUUGCAUUCCUAAUCUUAAAUUCAAACGUCGUGAUGUUGAUUACUAUGAAAGAACCUACGUUCCACCACUUCCGUGUUUCUUUUCUUCUGUCAACAUGUUCUUAUCUCAACGUGGUCAGUCCACGAUCAACAAAUUCGAACUGUCCACCAGUUAUGAACCCCAGUUUGAAUCUCAAGUCAACAAAUGGAUCCGUUAUGCUAUUAGUUGUAACGUAAAAGACCUAAAUCUAAGAUUCUUUGAUGGGGGUUAUUUUGACCUGGAGCCUAGGUUUGUUUUUGAUCAGUCUUUUUACGUGAACUCGUGUAUUACUGAUCUCACAUUGGCUGGCUGCUUGUUAGAUCCAUUUGAAGGUAUCAGUUGGAAAAACCUAAGGACUUUGUAUAUUAAACAUGGGAUUAUGGAUGAUGAUUUGAUGGAAACUAUAUUGUCUGGGACUCCUUUAUUGGAAACUCUGAACUUGGAGUAUUGUUACGGUUAUGGGCGGCUUGAUAUUACUUCCAAGAGUCUUAAGAACUUGGUGAUCUCUGGAUACGUGUUUCCUGAAUAUCUUGAUUCCGAUUCUGAUGAUCAUGUCGAUUUUGUUGAGAUCAAUGCUCCUAGUAUUUUGUCAUUGAAAAUUGAAGAAGAGUUGGGGCUGUCUAAGAUUUUGUUGAAAGAUGUGUCUUCUCUAGUCAAAGUUGGUCUGGAUUAUGAAACGGAAAAGGGGGAUGAUGGGAAGAAGGUUCCAUGGCAUCAUGACUGGGAAGAAGAGAUGCUUGAAAGGCUUUUACUAAGCCUUACCCAUGUCAACGAGGUUAACAUUGGGUAUAACUGUUGUAAUGCUCUCUAUCGUUUGAAGGCUGGAGGUUUCAAACGUCUAUCGAACUUGAAGGUUCCUGAUGUUACUUUACCUUUAUCCUCAGAAACGGAUCUAGAAGACUUGGCAGACUGGGCUGAGAUGGGUGAUUAUUAGUAGGCUCUUUUAGUUGAUGAUGGUGCUAAAGGUGAUGUGGCUAAUUAGAUUGCUCGCACUUUGAAUACGUUUUGCUAAUGCUUAGUUGGUAUCAGUCAGUUGCAUUUACUGUAUUUCAGAAUCUUAAGGUUCUGUUCUUUUAAAACUUUUGGUUAUCAA